AUGGCUACCCCAGAGCUAAUGCAAACUCUCACACAAAUGUUAGCGGAUGCCAUAAAAUCCUCCAUUCAGAACACUUUGGGACAAGUGAACCCUGCUCCUGGAGAACAAGCAGCACCACUUGUUAAACCUCCAUCGUUUUCAGUUCCUGAAUACCGUUCCGCAGACCACACAACGGUGGCAGACUAUUUCGAACGGUUCGAAUGGUCACUACAAUUGAGUAAAAUUCCUGCUGACCAAUACGCACACUAUGCUCGAGUGCAUAUGGGAACGGAACUGAAUAACGCCAUUAAAUUCCUGGUGAGUCCCCGCGAUCCAGUGGAAAUUUCUUUCGAAGAGCUCCGUACCACAUUAGUUGGCCAUUUUGAUCAGGUAAAGAACAAGUACGUCGAAAGCAUCAAGUUCCGAGAAAUUAUGCAACAAAAAGACGAAUCCGUAUCUAGUUUCGUUCUUCGGCUCAGACAAGGUGCUGUGUACUGCGAAUAUGGAGAAUUUCUGGAUAGAAUGCUAACGGAGCAAAUGUUACACGGCCUCGAUUCUCGUGAGUUGUGCGAUGAAAUUAUCUCCAAAAAACCGGCCACUUUUAAGGAUGCUUUUGAAAUCGCCCACACUCUUGAAACCACCCGCAAUACGGUCAAGGAAGUAAGAACGGUGCAACCCACGUUAACUCCAGAAUCUACCAACAAGUUAGGUUAUGAGCAGCCGAAAACACGGAGAGCUAAUUGGAACUCCCGUUUCUCGUCACAAGAAUACAAUGGCAGAGAGAAACCUGUCAUUAGCAGUAGCGUAUGCAGUGGGUGUGGUGGUCAGCACACACGAAGUCAGUGCAAAUUCCGCAAUACCACUUGCUUCACUUGUGAGAAAAAAGGACACAUCGCUAAAGUCUGCAGAUCCAGUAAGCAGAGAUCACCGGAGCACACUGCUUCACAAGUACAGUCAGAGGAAUUGCCAACUCCACAAAUGGACGAGGCUCAGUCGCUAAGUAAAAUUAAUUCCGUUGCUCCGUUCGGGAAAAAGUUAAUCAGCGUAAAGAUCGACGGUCACCCUGUAAAAAUGGAAAUCGACACUGGAGCGCCUUGUGGUAUCAUCAGCGAAAGCAGUCUGCGAACAAUCAAACCCACAUUCAGGUUAAAAGAAUCUGACCGACAAUUCUCUAGCUACACCGGUCAUCGGAUUACGUGUUUGGGUCGUCUGCCAGUAAACGUCAGUAUCGGAACAAGUACACGCAAGCUUGAUUUACACGUUGUAUCUGGAGACUACGACACCCUAUUCGGAAGAGAAUGGAUUUCGCAAUUCACAGCAGAAGUGGAUCUAAAUACGUUGUGCAAUCAGUAG